CGUACCGCUCGCGCGCCGGCCGCGCAACGAAAGUGACAGACUGUGUUGGAUGUGUGUGUGUGAACUGGAGCAGUGAUCGGUAGCCAGUGUUAUCCUGAAACUGUUCCGCCUGGAUCUGCCUGCUGCCACAAGGUAGAUUUGGAUUUGUGUGUGAUUACAUUAUAGAGCUCCGGAUAUCACAAAUAUAUGCCGCUAAGAUAAGCAAUUUUGCGCCGAACGCCCCUGGACUGAGACUAUGAAGAGGACCAGGUUACUGCUCGCGAUCGCGACGCUCCUAUUACAGGAUGCAAGAUGCGAAACUGCGGUGGACUCUGCUUCGUUGCCGCUGGAGCACCGCGCGGGCGGCGGCUACGGCCCGCCUCUGCCCCAGUCGCACUCGGACGACCCGUGGCCCUUAGCGACACCGGACAGCCCAAAGAUCAAACAUUUACAAGUGCAGUGCGAGAAAACUCACAUGAGGGUUAAUAUUGAGUUCGAUCGCCCAUUCUACGGGAUGAUCUUCUCUAAAGGUUUUUAUAGCGAACCUAGCUGUAUGCAUUUAAAACCUGGCACCGGACAUCUCAGUGCCACGUUUGAAAUCUUCUUGAACAGCUGUGGCAUGUCCAGCUCGGCAAACCACAAUGUUGCUACGUACGGGAGCCCCACUCCGAGCGGAUCUUACGUCGAAAACACGAUCAUUGUCCAGUAUGAUCCGUACGUCCAAGAAGUUUGGGAUCAGGCGAGAAAAUUACGAUGCACCUGGUAUGACUUCUAUGAAAAAGCAGUCACAUUCAGACCCUUCCAAGUGGAUAUGUUGCACGCCGUCACGGCGAACUUUCUUGGCGACAACCUGCAGUGCUGGAUGCAAAUACAAGUCGGCAAAGGACCCUGGGCCUCCGAGGUGUCAGGCAUUGUGAAAAUAGGACAAACUAUGACAAUGGUGCUCGCAAUAAAAGACGAUGAAAACAAAUUCGACAUGCUUGUACGGAACUGUGUCGCACACGACGGCAAACGAGCACCAAUACAGCUUGUAGACCAGUACGGCUGCGUAGUAAGACCUAAAAUUAUGAGCAAAUUCCAGAAAAUAAAGAACUUUGGGCCGUCAGCAUCAGUCGUGUCCUUCGCAUACUUCCAAGCAUUUAAAUUCCCAGAUUCCAUGAAUGUACACUUCCAGUGUGUCAUCCAAGUAUGUAGGUACAACUGCCCUGAACCUAAAUGUGGUGGUCUAGGAGCUGAUUACGGUGUACCACUACUGGGUGGCAACUCUCUCAGUGCUGGAGAAUACGGGGCGCCUAACUCGCCUCAUGCUGAAUAUGGACCUCCGCCACCGUCGCCGCACGGCGAGUACGGAGUACCACCGGCCUUCCCCGACCCACGACACCCCGCUGACGCGACCGGCUCCUUCUCAGAAAAGCGUGACGAUGCUGUACCACCACCGCAAGCACAAGUAUCUUCUACACCUAAUGCACCUAGCCCAUCUUCCCCUGCACCGUCCCGAGAUGAGGACGAAGUAAAUCUACCACCCCCGCCCCCACCGGGCCGUCGCGGCGUAUACAACACAGUUAAGAGGAAAGAUGAAGCGCAUGGUAAUUUAGCAACUUUAGGAGGACGACCACGGUCAGUAGAAGACUUGCCAGAAAGAUUAGUGGGCGCGAGACGGCGGAGAGAAACAUCAACGCAUUCACGGAUUUACAAGCGUGACGCUCAAGAAAUGACAGAUGUUAACACUAGUCGUACAAUUCAGGUUGUAGCACCGGGUGACGUUAAUUUCGCAUUGAAUAACGCAGCGGGUAACGAAACAGUAGUUAUUCAGUCGCCCGCGAGCGAUCCGGAGACGAUCUGCAUGUCGGUCCCGUCGUUCGUGGCGGGGCUGGUGAUGCUGCUGCUGGUGCUGGUGGUGGCGUCGCUGGUGGCGGCCUUCCUGUUCGUGCGCGUGCGCGCGCUCGACCGGAAGGGCGCGCACGGCGCCGCCGCCUACUUCGAGACGGAUUACGUGAAGCACGCCAACUAGCUGGCGUCGUCAGUGUGUGGGUGUGUGUGUGACGCGAGGACGUUCCAUAAACUCUUCUCGGAUCCAAAGAGCGUGCGUGCUUCGGCCCCGGCCGGACGGCGCCGCCGCUGUCGCGGUCGCGAUCGAAGCCCGGUGACGUGUGACUUAUUUAUUUAGUUAUUUAAUGAGCGUGAUGUCUUUGUUCGACUGUUUUGUAAAUUAUUUUAUUCGUGUGAAACGCACUCUGUACUGCCUUAUACCUAUAGUCGAUACGUCUGUUGUAAUUUUGUAAAGAGUCGUUAGUAAGGAAAAUAGUCCUUAAGUUGUAUACCAAUUAAAGUGUCGUGUGGAAAGUUAAAA